UCAUUCCGCCAUUAUCAAAAGUCGAAAUUGCACAUACUGACGGACUGUGCUUCGGGGAAGAACACUGGACAUCGCUUCGCUAAUUGCUCCUCAUUAAAAUUACCAUUAUUCCGGUGGGAAAUUGCGACAAAUCAAAUCAGGAAUUCGGCCAUAUACGAGUGAAGUAGUCCCGAGUAUCAAGGUAAGGUAAUUUUUUUGUGUAAAGCUCCAUCACAGCGCGGAAGCUGCGAAAUGUCCCUGGUGGAAGGCGAAGUGAAGCUGUCUCAUCGUACGAGAAAACGCGUUCGAGAGGUCAAAAGGAAGGCUCGACCAGAGCUGGCUGACAAGACGGCUUGGGUGCAGCUGGAGUACCACCGGAAGUUUGAUAAAUUCCGGGAAUUCGAGGACAAUGUGGAACGAAUUCACGUGAAAGAUGUGUCACCGCAGGAGUUCAUCGACCGGUUCGAGUCGAUCUACAAACCGGUGGUUAUCGAGGGGAUUACGGAUGGCUGGAAGGCGGCGUAUAAGUGGACCUUGGAACGGCUCGCCAAGAAGUACCGGAACCAGAAGUUCAAGUGCGGUGAGGACAACGAUGGGUACAGUGUCAAGAUGAAGAUGAAGUACUACAUCGAGUAUAUGCGGAGUACGACGGACGACAGUCCGUUGUAUAUUUUCGAUAGCAGCUUCGGUGAGCAUCACAGAAGAAAAAAACUCCUGGAGGACUACGACAUUCCGCUGUACUUCAAGGAUGAUUUGUUCAAACAUGCCGGAGAAGAGCGCCGACCGCCGUAUCGGUGGUUUGUGAUGGGUCCGUCCCGUUCCGGGACGGGAAUUCACAUCGAUCCGCUGGGGACCAGUGCUUGGAACGCACUGGUUGGCGGUCACAAACGGUGGUGCCUGUUUCCCACACAUACACCCAAGGAUUUGCUUAAAGUAACCGGAGCAGUAGGAGGCAAACAGCGAGAUGAAGCAAUUACGUGGUUCAAUCUAAUCUAUCCGAAAACGAAACAGUUGGACUGGCCAAGCGACUGUAAGCCGUUGGAGAUCCUCCAGAAACCGGGUGAAACGGUAUUCGUUCCUGGUGGGUGGUGGCACGUGGUUCUAAACAUGGACGACACGAUAGCGGUGACGCAGAACUUCUGUAGUAAAACAAACUUUCCCGUCGUGUGGCACAAAACUGUGCGGGGAAGGCCGAAACUGUCCAAAAAGUGGCUGAAAGUUCUUCAGGAAGUGGAGCCGGAGCUGGCCAAGGUAGCGGUCGAUAUCGACGUGGGGCAGAGCACCGGUGUAGCGUCGGAUAGCUCGAGCAACUCCAGCUCAUCGUCUUCCAGCUCGAGCAGCGAUGAAAGCGACAGCAGCAACACCGACAGCGGUCAGGAAUCGCUUUCGGCCCACAAGACCAAGAAGCGCCGGAAAACCGCCGGCGGAAUGAUGGCCUGAUUGAUACUGUGAAAUUUGAUAAUCAGCCGGUAGGACGCGUGGCCAACGAGGCGAGCGGAAAUCAAAUCAAAGUUCUUUCAUUUCAUGUGCUUUUUCCUCAGGCAGGACGUGAAUUUGAUUUUAUUGAUGAAGGGCCUUGGUUCUAUCUGAUAGUGUGGAAAAAUGGCCCCGAGUAUUACUGAAGUGAAAAUCGUUUAGGUUUAGGAACUAAUUUAUAAAGCAAAAUAGUAAAAUAAUAUGAAUUUGAUAACAACAAUGAUGAUACCCCUAGUAGUUUAGCAAAACUAUGUAAUUUAACAAAAUAAAGCAAACGGAAGCAAAGCAAA